UGCUUUUACGCUCUACUUAUAUCGCACCCACGUUUGAACCUUAAUCGACACACACCUUCGUGAUCCAUUGUUCUGUACUGUAUUGGUGGGAUUUAUGGCAUCAGAGACAAAAAGAUAAUAUGGUAUCUUUACAUUUUGUGUUGUUAUUGUUAUUUGAUUAUUUUUUUUUCUUGAAGCAGGUUUGCAAUUUGGGUAUAUAUACGAAUCUCGAUUUUGAUGUUCCUGUCAUUUGAAAUUGCUUGAGGUUGCGAUACCUUUUAACAACAAUCAGCCCAACAACAAUGGCGGCAUUAUAGAUCGGUCUAAAUUAAAGAAAUCACAUGUCAAGGAAGUAGAAGAAGACGACAUUGGCGGUUCAAUCGAAGAUGAUGAUUAUGAAGGGGAAGGAGUCGAGGAGUUUAUUCUGUCGGAGAGAAUGUCACGUAUGGUUUAAAGUUCGAUCGAUGGUGGCGAUAAUGGAGGAAAAUGAGAGUUGAAUAGAGGUGAGGUUGAUGUUUGUUCUUCGAAGCUUGGACUGGUGAGAACAUCGAAUUUGGUAUUCAAUAUCCACAGUUUAAAUGAGGUAUGCCUUGAUUUUCUGGCCAAGAGAAUGAUAACAUCAAUCUUACUUCAAAGUUGGAUGGUCUUGGAAGAACCUGCCCUAGAUUACAAAAUAUCUCAUGCCUUAAAUUCAUUUAAAGAAGGGAAGAACAGACAGUCAGCAUUGCCAAGGCUGGAAUCACAACUUCUUUGAAUGCCGCAAAUCCAGCCUGGGGAAGAUACGAUCUACGUAGAACUCCAGCUGAAAACAUCAACCUCCCUCCAGCACUUCUAUCAAGAUUCGAUCUUUUGUGGUUGACCUUGACAAAGCUGACAUGGAUAAUGAUCUUGAAAUGGCUAGACAUGUUGUUUACGUUCACCAAAAACGAAAAUCUCCGGCCCUCGGGUUUGCUCCUCUCGAAGCUUCUGUUCUUAGGGCAUAUAUUUCAGCCGCCAGAAAGUUAUCUCCAUCUGUUCCGAGAGAACUGGAGGAGUAUAUUGCUACUGCAUACUCGAGCAUCAGGCAAAAAGAAGCGAAAUCAAGGAGCCCACACUCAUACACCACUGUCAGAACUCUUCUAAGUAUUUUAAGGAUAUCGGCUGCGCUUGCGAGGCUGAGAUUCUCAGAAAACGUUGCUCAGAGUGACGUGGACGAGGCACUUCGGCUGAUGCAAAUGUCAAAGUUUUCAUUGUACUCUGAUGAAAGGCAGCGGUCUGGUCUUGAUGCGAUCUUGGAUAUUUAUUCGAUUUUACGUGAUGAGGCAGCAAGGGCCAACAAGAUGGAUGUAAGCUAUGCACAAGCUCUAAACAGGAUUUCAAGAAUGGGGUACACUGAAGCUCAGCUGAAAGAAUGUUUAGAGGAAUAUGCAGCGUUGAACGUGUGGCAGAUUCAUCCAAACACCUUUGAUAUUCGAUUUAUUGAUGCUUGAAUUGCACUAGUCAAGUUUUAAGAUUGGCAAUGAAUGAAGUAUGAGGAACCUGUUGAGACUUUUUGUGUUUAUUUAUUAAGUAGGAUAAGGUCUUAAUGGUAUU